UGUGUGUCAGAGACCACUGAUAAAGUGUGUCGGGGUAUGUCUGAUUCACAAAUGGACGAGCUCUCUCUCAUCACUCUUUCACAGUGAUGUGUCCAAAUCAGCGGAUCAAAGGAGUGAAGAUAUGGGGGAUGAGAAAAGGAGGAGAGGAGGAAGUGGGAGGUGUGUGUGUAAGGAGGGAUGUCCUGCAAGAUUGACGUGAUCUAAUCCAUUUCGUGACAGACUCCUUACGAUAUAUAAGCACACCAUCUUAACAUUCCUGACUUACUUGGACUGAAGAAGAGACUCUGACUCCAGAAACACCUGUUACUGAAGAGCAUACGUCCAAAGACACACUGCCCUGUAUCAGACUCAGCAUGCUGCCCACCGCCAUCACUCAGCCGGUGACUAAGUGCCUGAUUGGCUCGCGCUUGGGAACGAUCGCGCUCCUGCUGCUGCUAAUUCUGUCCGCCACUGAGUCCAAUGCACACGGUACCACAGUCGAGCACGACCUUCAUAUCGUCCACAACGUCGAUAACAGAAGUCCAGAGAUUGACCCGUUCUGGUAUGUGGGGCGCGGUGUGAGACCCAUCGGGCGGUUUGGGAAGAGACAGAGUGGUGGUGGUCUGCAGCCAGUGGUCAAAUCUCUGGAGAUCCUGUUGAACACUCUCAGGAAUAAGGAGAGCUUGAGGAGUGCGCUGGCACAGGAGGAGUCAGACUGGUUACCGUGAGAUCUGCCACCUACAGCGACCCACUGCUGUAAUAUUUAGGUGUAUUAGCGUGUAUAAUUAAUCACAUGUUUCUCAUUAUUUCCCUGGCUGUCCUUCAAUUUUAAUUUCAAAUAAACUUGACUGGCAAGUGAAAAUAUCUGUACAUAUUACAAAUGCAAUCUAUAUUAAUAAAUAAAUCAACAAAUGUAUGUUUUCCUCUUAUUAGUAGUUUAUUGUAAUGGAUUAUGCAAACUACAAUUAAAUGACAAUAAAAUUGUUAAAAUAUAAUCUACCAAAGAACACAAUCAUCUCAGAGUCUCUUCAGGAAUGCAAACUUUAUUCAUAUUUAUUUGAACACUGCUUGUGUCAGAACAAAUUUGGCACAUGAGAAUUCAUUGGCUGUUUCUUUUCGCUACGGAAUAUUUUCUUUCCCCCCAUUGACACUUUAUGGUUUAAAAUACACUGAGGACGUUCUGAAAAGAGGCAGACUAAUGCCCUUGCGGUCCACAACAAACCCGAAAUACACUUAAAGAGCCUACGGUAUUUCAUAUCCAUCUCUUGUCUUUUUGUACUUCAUUCAUAUGUAAAUAUGCAUUCGAUUUUUUCAUCUAGAAAAAAAAUACAUGACACUGUAAGACAUUUUUCAUUUCUUGACUGUGCUUUUCAUGGGACUUUUUUCACAUCUAUUAGAAACGUGAUACAUGCUUUUAUACACAAACAUUUCCAUAGACAACAACAAGGAGCAGGACCCGUUUGAGAGCGUGAAAGCUGAACAGCUAUUAGAGUUAUAUUAGAGAGGAAUGGGGAAGAAAAAAAUGGGGAUGAUUAUGGGAUGAGUAUGGGGUGCAACUGUAUAUUUCAUGUCAGUUUAUUCACUACUGGCUCAAAAAUUGGCAUUCCAUGGAAUGUAUUAAUAAAUUCACUACAUAUCAUUCAGGCUUUUGUAAUUUCUGUUAACUAAAGGGUGAUUUUGUGUCUGAACACACAUUGCGCAGCACAGACUUCAUCUUAGUCACUCUCUAAGACAAUAUGAUGCAGUAUUCGAUGUCACAGCUGUUAUUCUGCACGAAGAGGUGGAGACAACUCAGUUAUUCUUGUCAGAUUUCUAAUGGAUGCUCACAGCACAGUUGCUCUUAAAAUUUAGAUGUAGACUGAAAGUCCAAAAUUAUAAUUUUCAGUAUGUACAUCCAGGUGGAUAUCAAGUGUAAUGUCAAAUGUAAUACUAAACAGUGCUCUGAGAAAAACAACUGAGUGUUUUAGAUUAAUAAAAGACGUUAAUUAAUAAAAGAAGAAUUAGAAGUCAACAAAGGCCACGACCUAAAUUACCAGAGUGCUUUAUACUAAGAUGACAGUGAUUUGAUGUUCAUAUUCAAGAGGUCACUGGAUAUCUGAGGCUGAUUUGAAGACGUAUGAAUACAAAGAGGGCUUACGAUUCAUGCAAACACACUCACAAACUCAUUACAUGUAAGGUGGUCGAGUGCUUUUCAACUUUCCAUUUUUUUUUUUUUUUUUUUUAUAGACUAAAUCAUGAAUUUCACAGUUAUUUUAUAUGCAGUUUUGAGUACAGCGCAUUAAAGAAAACUCCAAAAACGACCACUGGAAAAAGAAUCCUGAGAUAUUUGCGACACAUAUGAGAAUAACAGAAACAUGGCAAUGCAAAUACAACAGGUCCUGCAGGUAUUUUGUGUUUACUUUUACAUAGACAUUUCAUACAUUUAAAUGUUUUUACCGAAUGUGCUCCAGUUUCGCAAUCAAAAAAAA